UUCCUUCAUGCAGUCAUUGUCCAUUUAGUGGCGUGUGUAGUGGGAUUGGCUGUGGUGCUAACUCGUCAGAGGGGCCGUGGCAAAUUAGGAGGAGAGAGGACCACCUGGGGAAGCCUCCUCUCCCAACCUUACCUCUCCGCCCAUUUUUUUCGCCGGUCGGAAAUGGCAGAUAAGCCCGGCUAGCCGCACGAACCCGACAUUCUGUCGCCAGCAACAGCAGGAGUCAGGUCGGCCACGUUUCUUGACGUCCAAGUCGCCAUCGGACUACAGCCACCCCGUCAGUGAGACCGCCUUCCCGUCGUUCGAAAAAAAAGGAAUGGGGGCCCGAAGUACCUGCCGGCCUGGCCGCUGCUUUUUUCGUCGUUCUACGUUACUCCUUACGGUGAUUAUUCGCUUGGCUGCAGCAGCCCCCGUCUCUGGUCCAGCCGCCACGACCAGCAGAAACGACUCCAUGUUUGACGCUGCCGCGGCAAUGGCCGCUGACCACGUCGAACACGCCAGCAAUGCCAGUGGACUCGGAAAUCAUCUAGCCGCCAACGCUUCUGACAACGCCAUCUUCAACACGACCGGCAAAGUGCAGGUGCGGCACAAGCGGACUCACCACGGCCAUCACCUCCACCACCACCACUGGUCAACCGGUCAGACUCACGGCGCUGGUGACCUCGGCCCGGCCCAGCAGUUCGACAACGUCUUGUUCCGGACCAUGGGGGUGCUCGACGCCAACACGUGCCUGUCAAAGUUCGUGUGCGAGAUCGUGGCACGCCGCGGUGCUAGCAGCUUCAUCGGGACGACGAUCGGGAGCCUCUUCGCGGGCUUUGCCCACGCGCCUCCGUCCAGUCCUGCGCACGGGCUUUGGCGAGCCGCUGCUAUCGGCAAACACGGCUGGCUGCCUGUUUGCACCAACGCCUUCCCGCACUGCUCGUCUCGCUUCUCAACCGCCCUGUCCAUACUGAACCUCAUCGGAUGAAAAGUCACCUCGUAGGAGUGUUUGGAGAUACCAUUUACCUAGAGGCUACACGAAAAUGCCUCUCUAGUCACGUCUGCAACUACCGAAA